AUGCCGGGGUGGUACCAAUGUGCCGAUGUUCUAUCGGCGGUGGAUGCAUAUGAUGCGCUGGGUGUGGAGCCGGGGCCUGCUGAUGCAGGGCACUCACCUUUGCAACGAUCAAUGCAUCUCUCUACGGUAUCAACGAAGAUCAUUACCCAAUGCUACAAUCGCACCAUGCAAUGUGUUGGUGAAAACACUGAACAAGCUAGAUGUGUGAUCAAGUACUACGACAUGCUACAAGGGAAGUCGCGUGAAUCCUAUGACAUGCGGCGAUUCAGGGACAAUACGCAGGCUGCAGCAGCAGGUUCUGCACAGGAGGUCGCGCGUGCUAGGGGUUCACAUGCAGUACAACCUCCUUUGCCGCCUCCUAACGAAUCGCCUCAAGAUGAUGAUGACGAGGAUGAUACUAUGGAGAAUGACGAUGACAAAGCAAACCCUAAAGGUAGCGCAUGGUUCCCUUGGCGAAGUCCCCAAGCUAUGUGCACCGCCAAGGAAGAACCCGGGGAUCACGAAAGAUGA